GCCGCAUCUUCGUCUUCGUAGAUAGCAAGCCCUCAUUUCCUUCCAUCCUCCUGCAUUGUACAUUUAUCUAUACCCUUUAGAUUCAUUCUUUAAUAUGUCGUCAGAAGCAUGCUGCACUUGCGCAGCAUUCCUAUCGUCUAUCCCUCCUACAUACGACGAGAAGACAGAGAAGCCAGCUCUCUACGAACGUCGGCUCGAGUGCUGUAAUCGCGCUAUCUGCGCUCGAUGUAUUACUGAUAAUGCGCGCUUCAGCACGUACUGUCCCUAUUGCCAAGUGUCUAUAGUACCCACCUCUCUGCCCCAAGGACUGCGCGAUCCGCCUCCAUACUCGCCACCGACGUCUCCCGAACUUUCUCAAUCCGCACGGGCAGGCCAAUCAAUUCAGGAGGAGCUACCUGCAUAUUCCGUACUUAAUGCUAUACACCCACCGUCUGAGAAGUCUGGGAGCUCAGAUGAGCACGCGCCAGAUGUCCUACAUUUCAUUGAUCCUUCGAACGAUACGAUCGCGUCGCUGUCAUUGCGAUAUGGGGUACCUGCUGGAGCUCUGAGAACCACAAAUGGAUUGUAUGCAGAUCAUCUGCUGGCGGCUCGUCGCACUGUCCUCAUCCCGGGCGAGUUCUACAAAGGCGGGGUGAGUCUGAGUCCUCGUCCGCUUGAAGGAGAGGAGGAAGAAAGUAGGAAAGGUAAAGUGAGAAAAUGGAUGGUCGCUUGUAAAGUAGCGGAAUAUGACAUCGCUCUUCUCUAUCUCAAGCAAUCAGACUACGACCUAGAACUAGCGAUAGCAGCAUACAAAGAAGAUGAGAAAUGGGAGGCAGCAAACCCUCUACAAGUAGCAAAGAAGGGCAAAUCGCCUGCGUCGCAAGCGCCUCCACGGCGGAGAUGGGGUAUUGGCGGUAGUGGAGGGGGCCUGUCAAGCCAAAUUUCAUGAGAAGAUACCACAAUCCACGGCGACGAUAACAUCACUAGCAUGUCGUCGAGCUGAGCGAUCAACUUGAUAUCACUCCUUCAGGUUGCGGCAUCUCUCGAGGCGCCCCGCCACCCUGGAGUAAAAUAGAGGGAUGAAAGGGUAUCCUCGAUCCAGACUUGUUAGCAACACAUACUGAACUAUCCAAAAUUGCCCCCAUCUCUAGGGCAGGGCACGGAAUUCAAGUCAUGCAACUUGUUCCUGGUCCCACACAUACAGAUUGUGAUGCUUUGAAUAGACUGUUUGCCCGGGCAUAUUGCAAGAUUGCAAGGCUGCCGAUUAUUAAAAUGCUCCAGCAGGAACAAAUCUUCAUCCUCAGGAAAGCGGCGAGCUCGUUUAUUUGUAGCCAGAAAUAGCACAUCAUAACCUCAUAGCAUUCAUCAACGUUC